CCGCCCACCCUCUCCUUCCUGCCCUUACAGACAGGUUCUCUCCCUCUUGCCCUUCUCCACAUGUUCUCUCCCUCCUGCCCUCUGUCCGCAGGUUUGCUCGCUCAUGUCGUUACCCUGGAUGCCCCUGCCAGCCUACCCUGUUCCUCGUGCCCCUAUCCACACGUUCUCUCCAUCCUUUCAUUGACCUCGAGAUCUCUCCCUCAUGUCGCUGCCCUUGCCCGCCUACUCUCUCCCUCCUGCCCCUUCCCACAGAUCCAUUACGAAACCUCGCGCGACCGGAUGUGCAUCGAUGCGCCUGAUGCGGGCAUUGACUUCUACACGACCUUCUACCUCCGCAUGGUGGACCUUCACACGGUUUUGGUGAUGGAGGGCUACGACGUGUCUUUCGUGGCUGUUCAGGAGGCAAUGACCGACAACAACUACAACGAUAAGUUCAAGCGUGUAUGGACGCAGUGGAAGAACGAGCGGGGGUUCCUGAUCAAGAGGCGGGUGUUGACGGAGCUAGGGGUGAAGGUCAAGUGGGCGAGGGGCUCCAAGAUCCAUGUGGACCUUGAUGACAAGAUGGCCCUCUGGCAUGACUUCAAGCCUCGAAGGAGGUUUGGGCAGUUGGUGAGCACCUGGGGCUCGGCGAAGCCACCCCCAGGGGUGCACUCCGGGCAGCCUUUUGCCAACAAGAUCUUCUUUCAGGCGGCGUUCGAUGCGUUUCAGCAGUGGGCUGUGGCGGGGAAGCUCUGUCUGAAGGCGUAUCACAUUGCCUGGAUUAUCAUGGUGGUCGACUAUGGGCUGACCCGCCGCAGGCACACCACGAUGGGCCUCUCUAACUCACACCCCAAGAACAAGGCCUGGAUAACGGACCUUCACAAGAGGGUGCGACAGGUGGUCAUUGACCACUUCAGCAACUACCCCAAGGAGUACAGCAAGGACAUGCGGGGGUGGAAAUGGGGAGAGUAUGGACUUUACGUCCAUGAGAGUGGCUUCAAGGACGAGUGGCAGGAACCAGGGAGGGAGGGCAAGGGGAAGGCGCCCAAAGGUGGAGAGGGAGAGGCUAAGGAUUAAGGGUCCUUUUGCAGGGGUGAGGCAGGUAUGUGCAGGGGUGGCAUCACCACACCGUUCAGGGCAGGGGACGGAUACAACUGGGACGGAAGUGGAGCCAAGUAUUGGCGUGGGCUCUGGAGGGAAGGGUCUGUCAGCAUCAUUCUGAAGGGGCAGCCAUCCCACAAUGGGAGGGGCUUAUUGCAAGCGCCAGUACUGGCGUGUGCUGGGUUCAUAACCAUGGGGUGUUUGCAGAUGCAUGAUGUGGCAGCGUCGUUUGAGGGGUGGGGUGCUGGCAGCGAAAUGAUGUGAAACAGGUGGGCUGGGCGGGUGGUGUGCGGGGCUUUCAGGACCAGCAGGUUGGGGUGGGGGCGCUCGAGGGCGGGUUCCUUUUGAGGGAUGUGAGUGGCCUUGACAUUUGGGUAUCACACUAUAGUGGGUAUUGAUAAAGCCGCUCACAGCAGCGGCAAGAACUGGAAGUUGUGGUUGGGAGCAUUUGUGAUAUGAGGCACCGGCAGCAGCGCAUGAGUGGGUUCGGCAUCAGGCUGUGGUGGGGGGGGGGGAGUUAAAGGGUUGAGGCAACAG